AUGGAAUCCGUUCCCACUCCGCUGCGACAGUCCGCCCUGCUUGUCUUGCGUACCUUCGUCCUGGCAGCAUGGUCCCAGCACCUUGACGAAUUCAAGGGUCAAGUCCUCGUUAGUGAUGUCAAUAAAGCUCACCUGCGCCGAGUUCUUCUCGACCUGGCCACCUCCGCUGAUGCUGCGGAGCGAAAAGUGAAGUCCUCUGCCAGUUAUGUUGUUAGCAAGAUUGCCAGCGCGGAUUUCCCCGAGGAAUGGCCUGAGUUGCUACCCACUUUGCUGCAGAUUAUCCCCAAUAGCGACGAGGCGCAAUUACACGGCGCGUUGAGGGUGUUGUCGGACCUGGUCGAGAGCGGAUUUAGCGAGGAGCAGUUUUUCACAGUGGCACGGGAGCUCGUGUCGACUGUCUUUGCUGUCGCGACGAACCCCGCUCGGAAACCCGUGCUGCGCGCCUUGGCCGUCUCGGUAUUUAGGGCUUGUUUUGAUACCUUGGAAAUGGUCAUUGAGCAACAUAAGGUUGCUAUUAAGCAAUUUCUGGACGAGGCGUUGAAUGGUUGGUCACCAUUUUUCCUUGCAACUAUGAAGGUGCCGCUGCCGCCGCCCCCUAGUGAGGAAGAUGAGGCCGAUGAUGCUCAGGGUUCAGAGGAGUGGAGGGGGGUGAUUGCGUUGAAGUUGCAGGUCGUUAAGACCUUAAUGAAAAUAUGCGCUGUAUUCCCGGCACUCCUUACUUCGCAGAGCACUGUACUUUUUAGUUCUGUUUGGGAUGAACUAUCCACCAUCCAAAAUGCGUAUCAGGAACUAUUUAUCAUGGACGAACGCCAAGGCCGGCUAGAGGAUGCGGAUGGACUUCCAUAUACCCUCGACUUCUUGGUUUUGGAAGAACUAGACCUUAUGCAAGUGCUACUUAGGGCUCCCCCGGUUAAAGCGGAGCUACACAGCCAACUGCAGACCGCAGGGAGUGCUGCAAGUACUUCUGGCUGGUUGCCAGAGGUUAUGAAACUGGUUGUAUCCUAUGCGCAGAUUACUACGGAGGAAGAAGGGCUGUGGGGACAUCGAUGUGAAUCUGUUCCUGUCGGAGGAAACGUCGCUCACCGCAAAUUACACUCCUCGGACCUGUGGUGGGGAUUUGACUCGACAUCUUGGAAACUACGCGAAGCUGCCCUUUUCAUUCUCAAUCAGCUUCUUCGCGACUUCAACGACGUAGACCAGCAGAUUUCCCUAGAGGCAGCUAAAGGAUCUAACGAGUUCGUUCGCUUUUGCAUGACACAGGAAGACGUCUUCCUUCGAGCCCGUGGCUACCUCGUCGCUGGAAUAAUUGCAAAGACAGCGGGCGAAGAAUUCCAUCAGACGGCAUUAUCAUAUCUCGAGGCGUCCAUCAAGGCCAUCGCUGAGGACCCCUCUGAAGUCGUCCAAGUAUCCUGCAUCCGCGUCCUGCAGGAUUUCUUUCCCGCACUCCCAUCCUCCAUGGCCAAACCCCUACAAAUCCCCGCUAUCUCAACCGUGUCCGACUUCAUCUCCUCCCGCGACCUGCGAGAAAUGAUAGACAGCGAUGAUCUUAAAUUUACCCUCCUCGACACGCUCCGAGAUACUAUCAUGGUCGAUCCCGGCAUCGUCCUCUCCUCCAUUGCCCUCGACGUCCUCUUCAACAUCGCUAGUAGCGGCGCCAGUAACUUCCAGCUCGCCACAAUUGUGACAGAAACCUUCGAAGACGUUGUCCAAUACAUCUCUCGACAGGGUCCAGAAGCAUACAUCGGCCUCUGCGAAAAAGUGCUCCCAUCCCUCUCUGGCGCCAUUGAUGGAAGCACGACCCAAGAAAACGCCCUGACAACACUAGCGGCAGACCUCAUCCGCGCCCUGACGGAACACGGCCUCUCCCCGCUCCCCAAUGGCCUCGUAGCAACAAUAAUGCCAAAACUAAACCGCCUCCUUCUCAGCUCUAAAGAGGGCAACCUCCUCCCCGCCGCCACCAUUGCCGUGAAAAACAUGCUCCAACACGACUCCCAGCAAUUUCUAACCUGGCAAGAUCCGCAAACAGGUAAGGGCGCCGUCGAAGUCGUGUUAAUCAUCAUCGACCACCUCCUCAGCCAAUCCGUAGAUGACAACGCAGCUGAAGAAGUGGGCGGGCUGGCUGCUGAACUAGUCGAGAAAGCUGGCGCUGAGAAAUUGGGGCCAUAUUUAACCCAACUUCUUCGCGCGGUUGCUCAACGCCUCGCCACAGCGCAAAAGGCGCAGUUUAUCCAAUCGCUCAUCCUCGUCUUUGCGCGAUUAUCCCUCAUCAGUCCGGGGGAGGUAGUCGAUUUCCUCUCCACGCUGACGAUCGAUGGCGAAUCGGGACUGACGGUUGUGUUCUCCAAGUGGCUUGAGAACAGCAUAAAUUUCGCUGGGUACGAUGAGAUACGGCAGAACGUUGUUGCAUUGGCGAAGAUUUAUCAACUAGAUGACCCGCGCGUGGCGCAGGUGCAGGUUAAGGGGGAACUGAUCAUCCAGGAUACGGGGAGGAUCAAGACGCGCUCGCAGUCGCGCAGGGAUCCGGACCAGUAUACCAUUGUCCCUGCGCCUUUGAAGAUCAUUAAAGUUCUGGCUGAGGAGCUUGUGUCAGCGGCGGGGACCAGGGAGAUGGGUGCUGCGGGUGCCGCUGCUGUUGCGGCUGGUGCUGGUGGAGCGGGAGGGAAUCUUGAUGAGACGGAUAGUGAUGGUGAGAAUGAUGACUGGGAGGAUAUUCCACCAUCUGGGCAAGGGGUGCUUGAUUUGGGGCUUGGGAUUACGAAGCAGGAACUUAUGGGUUAUAUUUGUGAGGAUGGGGCUAGGGGUGUUGCGGUUAGAGAGAGAGAUGAUGAGACGUUGGCUUUUUUGAUGGAGUUUUUCAGGGAGGUUGCUGGGACGUCAAGAUUUCAGGAGAUGUUUGUGCAAUUGAGUCCGAGGGAACAGGAGGCUUUGAGGAGUUUGGGGUAG